GCUGUGUUUGCCUGUGUCUGUCGUUCUCUGUUGGUACUUGCACAAGUGACAGGUUGCGAUAUGGAGAGGAUUAUUGCAGAGGUGAGCCUCAAUCACCAAGAGAAGGUUCUCACUGGUUCCUCUGCUACAGCCAGUGACACUGACACCAACACAGCGAGUGAGGUCAGUAGUUCCAGCAUCAUCAGAUCCACCAUUUCAGAAGUCAUGGACCAAAAGAGCCAUCUGAGGUGCAGCCUAAAACUGAGACUGACCAUCCCCACCAUUGUGAUCGAUCCCACAUGUGAAGUUGCUCAAGAUGCUGUAAACGAAGCUGCUUCGGCUGUGCUGGACCUCUCUGACUGUGUGCGCUGGGAGCGAGGAGAGACCCAGGAAGAGACUCUCAUUUCAAAUAUAAGAGAAGACAAGACCAUUCAACACAUCCUCAGAUACAUCAACCAUGUCAUAAUCAGUCUGAAACCUGCUAUCGAAAAACACAUUUUUCGCUACAGCUAUUAUGACUUUCUGUGGAAAGAUGACAUGAAUUGCCAGUACACCGAACUUACAUCAGCCAAUCAUGAGCUGCUUGUAAUAAAUAAAGCUGUUGAACGGGUACACAAGAUUGAACAGAAGAUACAAGAUUUCCCACCGAAUCUGUGA